CUGCCAAAACAGUUUAUCCGACAUUUAACCGAAUUGUGACUCAGAGUGGAGGGCAGCAGCAGCAGUGAGUGAGUGGAGGCUGCUCUGCUCUCUUGGCGAGUGAGCGAACAUACCUCUUUGUCAAUAGCCAUCGCCUGUGAGAUUGGGACUGAACUCUGCUACCCGUCGUAUCACUGCGCUACGAAUCGCCGCCAUGCCAUCCGUUCCAUUCACAGAUUCCCGAUGGACAGUGCUCAACCCGCCUGAGAAGGAUGUCUCCAUCUCUGAAGAUGGAUCGACACUCAAGAUGAUCUCUAAUCACGAGAGCGAUCUAUACCGGACUCCCAAGUGGGAGAAAUACAACGCCAGUGUUUAUGGAUUCAAACACUCGUUGGGGAAGGAGGGGUUGACAGUCAGUGUGGAUGUGGAAUUGGAUCACAGAGAUCAAUAUGACCAGGCCGGGAUUUACUUCCACAUCAGCAAUACACUAUGGUUCAAGUUCGGUCUCGAGUUGAACGGGGAUCUCUUCGCUGGGACUGUAGUCACUCAACCCUACUCUGACUGGUCUUUGGUUCCCGCCAAGAAUCAUGUCCCGAAGACCUUUACGUUCACUCUACACGACAAGAUCCUGAUGAUCUACAAUGACGGUGUUCUCGCCAGAGAAGUGAAUUGCUUCGGCACAGGUGACGAGACCGAGGCCUUUGUGGGGGUCAUGACUUGCUCGCCCAAAGGUGGUGGAAUCACAGCGACGUUCAAGGAUUUCAAGAUUGACGAAGGGGUCAUCCCGCCAAAGUGAUGAGAAGUCGAGGCGAACGGGCGAGCAAUCGUGGCAUCGAGCCAGUCUUCGUUGAGAGAAAGGUCAGUCUCUUCAUCUUGUCAACGUGAAUGCCAUUGCACAGUAGCGUGAUACGGGCAUGCAUCAUAGUACAUAUGGUACAUGGACAAGCAUGCCUCCAACCCUAAUAAUAGGACACUGCAUCCAUCCAUCCAUGAGUCUGCCUCUCGAUGCCACUUUGGAUCGUUCGGGCGAGCUCGGACCGUCGAACACCAAAAUGAGGUCAUUCGCAGGGAGGUUUACUAAUCAGAUCCUAAUACAAUCCUAAUCUCAUUACAAAAUGGUCCAAUGUAUUUCCUAAUCCAAUCCCCA